AAUUUAAUUUCGUGAAACGGAGACGUUGAAUCGUAUCGAACCGCCGUCGCCGCCUCACCGGUGAUUCUCCCAUAACUUCCUCUUCUCUCACGUAUCCUUUCGCAGAGAAUCUGAAAUGGCACAUGUGGCGCAAAGCCGAAACGUGAUCCGGCAUGUAGUUUCGAGAGGGAAAGCUUUCCACAAAUCAGAAAACGCGAUCCAUCAUCCUCUCCUUUUCGCCUGCCAAGGAGUUCGUUACAGAAAAUUGGAAGUGAUUCUCACCACGGGCAUAGAGAAGCUUGGGAAAGGUGGGGAGACGGUGAAGGUAGCUCCUGGUUACUUCAGGAAUCACCUUAUGCCUAAGCUCCUCGCUGUCCCCAACAUUGACAAGUAUGCUCAUCUCAUCCGUCACCAACGCAAGAUGCGUAAUUUUGAAGAUAAGGAAGAGGUUAAAGUGGUUCAUAAAACUUCUGAAGUUCAGACUAAAGAGUUUCAAAAGGCUGCUAAGCGCCUCUCCAAUGCCAACUUGGUACUGAGGAAGUUAAUUGACAAGGAAAAGUUCAAAAACCGUUCCUCAAAGGAGGAUAAACCGGAUGUACAAACACCUGUCACAAAGGAAGAGAUAGUCUCUGAGGUGGCGAGGCAGCUCUGUGUUAAGAUUGAUCCGGACAAUGUGGUUCUUACGGAGCCAUUGGCAACUUUUGGCGAGUACGAGGUUCCUUUGAAAUUCUCAAAGACUAUUCCUUUGCCACCAGGAACUGUUCAGUGGAUUCUCAAAGUCAAAGUCCGUGGCCAUUAAAAAUCUUCUUCUGCCUUUUGAUCAUUUUUCUACUCCACAGAAAAGCAUUGUAGUUUGAUGACACGAGAGAUCUUGCAUUUUCUUUCAUUCCCUUUGUCUUUUACUUGUAGUUAUGUAAACCCGGUAUAAUUCGGUUUACAGUUUAAACCAUGAUUUGAAGGGGACAUUAAUGAAGUAUUGGUUUUGUUAAAUUAA